AUGGCUGUGUCCCCGACACCCGAGCAGGGGGAAUAUAUUCAAAACACCACACUGGAGAAAAGUGUAAAUGGGACUUCGGUUCCGGUGACAUCCGGAGGAAACCAAUUAGGGGUCUGGAUGGAGAUCCUCACGAUGGGCAUCGCCGUGGUUGGGCUGCUGGGGAACGGCAUGAUCCUGUGGCUGCUGGGCUUCCGCAUCCCGAGGAACCCCUUCUCCGUCUACAUCCUCAACCUGGCCGGCGCCGAUGCGCUCUUCCUUUUCAGCACGUUCUUGCUGCUCUUGCAAGAAUUCGUUGGCUAUUUACAAACUCCCAUUUACGUGGUCAUGGUCUACGUCAUACCCCUGGCCUACUCGGUGGGCCUGAGCUUCCUGGCAGCGAUCAGCACCGAGCGCUGUCUGUCUGUGCUCUUCCCGCUUUGGUACAAAUGUAAACGCCCCGAGCACACGUCUGCCAGGGCGUGUGCGGCCCUCUGGGCUCUGGCCGGCCUGUUCUGGGGGUCGGGAUAUUUCUAUUGUGUUUAUGUGCAGAAGGACCCUUUCUGUCCCGUCUUCUUCCUCGUCCGGUCUACGUGGUUCUGCCUCCUCACCUGUGUGCUGUGCGUGGCCAGCCUGACGCUGGUGCUCCGGGUCCAGUGCAGCUCCCAGCGCCGGCAGCCGCCCCGGCUCUACCUCCUGAUCCUGCUCACCGUCCUCGUGUUCCUGCUCUGCGGCCUGCCCUUGGGGAUUGGAGGUGUAAUGCGACGCUUGGGUUUAGACAUCCUGCCCCUGCGGCUCGUAGUGUUUCUAGCCUCUGUGAACAGCAGCAUCAACCCCUUCAUUUACGUUUUCUUUGGCCGGCAAAAGCAUAGAAAAGGGAAGGAGCCCCUCAGGGCGGUCAUUCAGAGGGCCCUGUGGGUGGAGGGGAGGGACACCUCCCCCAGCCGCACCACGGAAACGUCCUUCUGA